GCCCCUCAUUUCCGCAUACAGCCUGUUUACAAGAGCAUGGCACAGUGAGAGCUUUCCUGGUGAGGUUAUUUUACUGUGUGGAGAUAUUGAGCAGGUCCCUCUGCCUCAAAGGAGCCCUCUCUGCUGGAGAAGCCAAGACGGAGCGGUGGCCAUGAACACCCACGGCGCAGUGGCCGCACUGCUGCAGGACUGUGAGCGCUCGUUGGCCACACUGCUGUCAGCCAAGGCAGACAUCCACGAGGAAGAGGAGCAGGAAUACCAGCGGCACCAAGCAUUGCUUCCUGAUGACUUGAGAACCCUUCUGGAGGAGGCGAAGGGAAUGAAGUGGCCCUUUGUGCCAGAGAAAUGGCAAUACAAGCAAGAUCUGGGCCCAGAGGACAAAACCAACCUACAGGAUACGAUUGGUGCCAGGCUCCCCGAUCUACUGGUUUAUUUGAAAGCUUCCAUCAUGGUCAAGGAUUGUGUGACAGCAGCUGCUAUUGUGUUCUUGAUUGACCGGUUCCUGUACUGGAUUGAUGCCUCAAGCAAACUCCUGAAGAUCGCCAAGGGCUUGCACAAGCUGCAGCCCACCACACCAAUUGGUCCUCAGGUGGUCAUCCGCCAGGCUCGCCUUGCUGUCAAUGCAGGUAAACUUCUAAAAGCUGAAUACAUCCUCAGCAGCCUUAUUAAUGACAAUGGAGCAACAGGUACCUGGCAGUAUGCUAAGGAAAGUGAUAGGAUCCUUGUUCAGUCAGUCUGCUUACAAAUCAGAGGACAGAUUCUGCAAAAGCUGGGGAUGUGGUAUGAGGCAGCGGAGUUAAUUUGGGCUUCAAUUGUGGGAUAUUUCAAACUUCCUCAAGCAGAUAAAAAAGGAAUUGCAACUUCCUUGGGUAUUCUGGCAGAUAUAUUUUCUUCCAUGAAUGAGAAGGAUUAUGUACGUUUUAAAACCAAUGCAGCAAUUAACCUGACCCUUCUCCAGGAGUCCAGCCAUCGCUUGCUAUCAGCUGCUGAAGCGUGCAAAUUAGCAGCAGUAUACAGCCAGUAUACCCCACUGUUUGUGCUCACAGCUGUGAACAUCCGUGGAGUGUGUUUGCUGUCCUAUAGUCACUCCAAGGACUGCCCCCCAGAAAGGAGGAAGUUUUACUUGUCUGAAGCCAAAGAAUCCUUUGAGAUCGGCCUCCUCACCAAGAAUGAUAGCAGUCAUGUCACCAGCAAGCAGGAGCUCCACAGUUUUAUUAAAGCUGCUUUCUGCCUCACAACAGUGCAUCGAUGGCUCUAUGGGGAGAGUGAGAAACUCUGUGAGGUUGAUCAACUUUGUAGAGAAGCCAUAGCAAAACUGCAUACGUACAGCACUUCAUUUACAGAAGAGGAAGAGGAAGAGAAAGGAGUCCUUGCGGAAGAGAUCAUGUCUCUGAUCACAUCUGUUAAGAAGCUCCUACAAGUGGAAACCUUUCGUAAUUCUGAUGCCAGGUCUUAUGUGCCAGACAGCUAUAAAGGGGCAGUGAAAAAACCUGUUCUGCAAGGGGAAGCCAACUUUGAGAAAAUCCUUGCCAUGAAUUCUCAGCACCAUCUCUCAGUGUGUGAAGUGUUUAAAAAUCCUUGCAGAAUUAAGGAAAACACACUGGGAGAAACGCAUGUGGGAGCUUGUAUUACAACUUUAAAAACUGAAACCAAAAAUACAGACACCACGUGUACCACUGAUGACACAGCAUACCAGAGGAAGGGUGCUGGAAAAAUGUUUAGUACACCAAAAGUGGAAAGUAGCUCAGAGAAGCUCAGUGGCCAAACAAGAAACAAACAGAGCAGUUCUGAUGUAAGAAAUAUUUCCAUUGAAAAAGGGACCGAAUCAGUAAAAAGAGUAAUAAUUGAUGAAAACAGUGUUUUCAGCAGAUGGCAAAACAGAAGUCAAACCACUUCUUCAGAGAAUGCUUGGUGCAAGCUGUCACUAUCAAGUUACUCUUCCAGCUGGGAGGAACUGAACUGUAAUAGCAACAAAGAGUCACCCAAUGGAGGACAGCAACAAGAAAAGGGCUCAGUGGAGGAGCAAUGCUGCACAACAGAAACAGAUGAAAAUGGUCAAGCUGCUUACAUGAACUCAUUGUCACCCAGAACUCAAUAUACUUCUCUUAGAGAGCUUCCAUAUGGUUGUUUGAGGUCACCUCAGCCUUUCUUAGGGGUAGACACAGCCCUAGCUAGAAGGCCUGGGGAGAAGGCUUCUCCUGAGGGAGCAAAGCUGAGGAAGGGAGAGAACUCUUCGGAAGGGAAAACGGAGACGAAUAACACAGACUUAAAGAACAACUCGGUUCCUUCCCUCACCGCUCCUUCUUAUCCUGCCAGGAUGGAGGAAGAGGAGUGUUCUUCCUCCUCCUGGGCGGAGCUGGAGCCCUGGGUGAUGGCCGCCCGGCCGAUGGGCGCAGGCUGCAGCACCACGGACAGCGCCAGGGUGGGCCACCUCCUCUCCGGGGUGGCCGCGCCCCCGCCCCAAAACAGUUGUGUGGGGCGGGACCCGGGGGGAGGAACCGUGGACAGCACGGAGCGCCCCUCGCCCGAGCGCAGUCCUCCCACGAGUAGCGCUGCUGCUGCAGGAUCUACAGGCAGCGAGCCAAAGCCAGACGGCAGCUCCUUCGUGAGUGAGUGGCUGAGGAAACCUGCAGCCACAGUCGGACGCAGAUCUCUCGAAGUGCUUGAGGUUGACCCCCAAGCAGAAACUGUAGAUGACACUGAAUUUGAUUUCAUCAGUACUGGAGAGUUAGUAAACGGUUCUCUCAGAGCGACUGCUCCAGAGCUUCUGGUGGCUCCAGGUGCAGCAACAGGUUUGCCUUUGCGAGGAAACAAAUCUGUAACAAAACAUUUCGAGUGUGCCAGUACUGAAGAAGAGGAAGAGGAAAAGCCUCAGAGCAACAAAAGACUGUUCAGCUCAUCACUGCGUCCAUGGCACAGCUCAGAUCCGAUGCCCGGCAGUUCCCCUGAAAGUCCAUUUUUAAGCCUGAGGGGAAGUGGUCUUGUCUUCACACCUGGGAGAACCAAGGAAGAAAUCCUUGAUGCUCGGAUUCUGAGGGAUGAUGACUACAUGCAGCUUCUGGCAGGAGUAGAACACAACUGGCUUGUCCAGAGAUUGAUGCCUACUGGAAUGUUUAAGUCUAAACAGCUUCAUAAAGCAUACUCUGCUCUUCUUUUGAAAUACUCAAAGAAAUCAGGCCUCUGGACAGGCCAGGAAACAUCUGUAUUCAUUGGGGACUACCUGAACGUGGCAAAAGAAGGCAAACAGAGAAAUGCAUUUUGGAUACACUUCCUGCACCAAGAAGAAAGCUUGGGAAGGUAUGUUGGGAAAGAAUAUAAAGAAGAGAAGGGGCUUCUUCAUCAUUUCAGUGAUGUGGAACGACAAAUGACUGCCCAAUACUACGUGACAGAAUUCAACAAAAGGCUGUACGAGCAAAAGGUCCCUACCCAAAUCUUUUAUAUCCCGUCUGCAGUACUUCUGAUUCUGGAAGACAGGACAAUAAAAGGAUGUGUGAGUGUGGAGCCCUAUAUCCUUGGGGAGUUUGUGAAGCUGUCCAAUAACACGAAGGUAGUAAAGAAUGAGUACAAAGCCACAGAGUAUGGUCUGGCCUACGGCCAUUUCUCCUACGAGUUCUCCAAUGGAACGGAAGUUGUUGUUGACCUGCAAGGCUGGGUAACAGGUAAUGGAAAAGGUCUCAUUUACCUCACAGACCCACAGAUUCAUUCUCUUAAUAGCAAAGACGUUUCACGCUCUAACUUUGGGAAGAGAGGAAUUUAUUAUUUCUUCAACAAUCAACAUGUGGAAUGCAAUGAAAUCUGCCACUGCCUUUCUUUAACGAGACCCUCAGUAGAGACACCAAUGUAGACUCACAGAAGACAGCCAAAGAGAGUAUGGCCCAUAAGCUGAAUGGUACGGUGGUAUUUAUCAUACACACAUUUAGGAACGUGUCGUCUUGGUGAGAACAGGGCCUCUGAGAUGACAUCUGUGUAAGCACCUGCAACAGUUUGGGAUAUGUAGAGUAACACCAGGUCGUACCAUGUUACCAUCUUGAGUACCAUCUGAAACAUGUGCUCUUACAACCAUCUGUGAGACUUAACAGAAGAACAUAAGAGAAAGAAGAAAACAGCCUCCAAAAUUCAGCGGAAAUGUACUACAAGACUGUACAAACCUCCAAUGCAUCUACAGACUCAGGGCAACAGGCACCAUCUGCUCUUUGGAAAGAGUACAAAAUGGAGUGAGACAGAGACUUGCGUUUCAGCCAUCCGUAAAAUUCACAGGAAGUUGUAUAAAUGCUUCAAGGAACAAAUGGCAAUGUUUGGGGCUGAUUAAAAAAUAAAAAUGCAAUUUAUCUCAGAGGAGUGUUGGAACACUAUAA